AUGGCGGCCGCACAUCUCGAUGUCAGGAUCGGACAGACCGUCGAGACCAAGGACGGUAAACAUGGCAUUGUGCGCUACUCUGGACCUCUAGAGAUCGCUCAGGGUUCGUGGCUCGGUCUUGAACUGCCAGAUCAGACCGGCAAGAAUGAUGGUACUGUCCAGGGCACCCGCUACUUUUCCUGUCCACAAGGGUACGGCAUCUUCAUCAGAAAGGAGACAGUGUCGCGCAUUGUCAAGCAGACGCCUUCGCCAACUCGGAGCAAUGGCGUGCUCACGAACGGCAGUGCCAUCAAGCCUCGACCCUCGACCUCUGGCAUCACGGCGGAGGCAGCAAGGAAGCGGCAGAGCAUGAUGAGUACAGGUUCAGCUACGGCGGCCUCGAGGCCAUCUAUGCGGUCUCCGACCAAGUCUCCUACCAAAGCUGUGUCCUCAGCUAGUUCCGCAACCUCGACACCGCGGACAGGUACUCCUGCUACCACCACGAGAACCUCCGACUCGAGCGCAAAGUCGCGGCUGAGCACGACUGGCCGCCCAUCGAUGGCGCCUCCUCCGGCGCCUAAGAAAGCAGUGACGAGUACAACCCGACAAUCCCUGGCUGGCUCAGGUGCUCGCACGACGACGCCAUCUACAACCUCCGUCAGGUCCUCUGUUACAUCACGCCAAUCUCUCGCAAGCACGAGGCAGUCGCUUCAGCCCAGGCCAACCAGUCUGCGUUCGCCUCCGCCUACGAGAUCGCCUCCGAUCGACGAGAGCUCGAGUCCGCAGUCUCCACCAAACGAUGAGGACGAAGCAGAUGAGGAAGCACUGCCUCCUCAUAGUAUUGACCAUGUGUUGCAGAGUCCGCCAGCGGACGCUGUCCCAGCAGUUCAGCCCGAUCCGGCGCCAUCAGAAACGUCACAUUCCCGAAAUACGUCGAUAUCAACAACAAGACCCAACGUAAAUGCAGAAGCAAGAGCGGCAGAGAAGAAAGAGCUGGAGCAAGUGAAAGCGAAAUUGCGGACAAUGGAGAAGAAGGUUGCUGAUAAUCGUGAGAAGUUACAAAAGUUUGACGCUCUUCAGGCCGACAAGGAUCGAUAUGAGACCAUCAUUCAGACCCUACAGAAGAAGCUCAAAGCAAACCAGCAGACCUUGUCAGAGCUCCGGACGUUGAAAGAGGAAGCCGAGCGGCAAGCGCAAGCUGCACCUGCCCCGAGUGGGGAGAUUGAGUCUGAACUCGAGUUGGCUAAUCUGAACCACGAGAUGGCGGAGGAAAAGGCUGCCCUUGCCCAGGCCGAACUUGAAGAGCUCAGGGAAAGGCACGAGGAGGCGGUGCUCGAGCUGGACAUCCUCCGGCAAGAGAAUCGUGAACUCGGCCUUACCAUGAGCCCGGAAGAGUUGUCGAGCGCAAAUUGGCCCAGAAAGAACGAGAGAUCGAGAGAAGAGCUGCAAUCCCAAUUGAACGAACUCCGCGAAACGCUUGAUGAGACGGAAAAGACUGCUUCGUUGUACGAGGAGACCGCUGCGCAACUGAAGCAGGUCCAGUCAACAAAUCAGCAUCUCAUGGAGCAACUGGAGGAUGCCGAGACAAAUGAUGAAGUUGUCGUGGCUCUCGAGAGUCAACGUGAGCAAAGCGCUGCUACGAUCGAAGAGCUCCGACAGCAAAUUCAGGCGUUCGAAGAACACAUCCAGGUGACCGAUGAGCUCGAAAAAUUUCACGUCGAGGAGGAACGACAGCUCCACUAUGAUCUCGACGACGCAGAAGCCCAACUCAGCGAAAAGCAGCGUCAAGUCGGUGAGCAGGAAAAGGUUAUCGAGGAACUCGAGUUCACUCUCAGCAGAUUCAAGGAGGUCGUCUCCGGGUUGCAGAGUGACAUCGAACAGCUUCGGCACUCUCGUGACCUCAACGAGUCUGAAGCGCAUGAAAUGAGCGUAAAGUCGAGAGCGAUGAUGGAUCUCAAUCUACAGCUCCAAAACAGUGCCGCGAAGACGCAGCUCAAGACUAUCGACUAUGAAAUGCGGGACAUGCAGGCGGAGCAGGCAAAGAGCCAUCUGGAAGUCGUGCAAUUGUUUGUGCCAGAGACAUUCGACCAGGAUCGCAACUCGGUCCUUGCUAUGCUGGCAUUCAAGCGUAUGAAGUCAAAAGCCACCUUGGUGAGAACAUUGCUUGCGGAACGAAUGCGGGAUCGACCACACCUCGCACCGGAUGAUCCGUACUCGAUAUUUGAGGUCAUUGAGAAGAUGGACAGAAUCAGCUGCUGCUGCGAUCGAUUCCUGCAAUUCAUCGAUACGUGUUCGGUAGAGCAAUUUCAGCAAAUGAGCGGUGCCUUGUACGAGAUCGAACCUGUCGAAAGGUCCUUGAAUGUAUGGGUCGAGGCUCUGCGUCGCGAUGAGCUUGGUGUGGAAAGCCCAGAGAUCAUUCAGCGCAUGAUUGGCAUUAUGCUUGACAUGGCUGACAAGCUGAUCGUCAACUCAAAUGAAAGCAAAGCUACUGAGCUCGUCGAGCAAGCCACGAUGACGGACCGUUACGUCGAUGUUGUCGCUCUUGAACUAACAGCGUUGGUCAAGUUCGUCCUUCAGCGACUUGGCGAGCCCAAAGAGGACGAUGAAGAGGCGAUAGCUUCCACAAACGUCUCGAUGGCCUGGCUACCAAAUCGCGUACGAUCAAGCGAAACAUCUUGGGUCUUCUUCGAGGACACCAUGCAGUCAGCUGAACAAUUGUCUCAGCUAGUACGCACUAUCGGACGCGCAGUAAUCUCUGAAUUCAGCCGAGCCGACCACGACGCAGUGCCAACGUAUACGAGUGUCACAAAUUUGAUGCUCUCGGCAGCGCAGAACGCAACCAGCGACGCGACUCAUGACUCCAUCUAUGCCCUCCUGACCACUCAGCUCACGUCUCUCGCGGCCAAAGUUGACGAUCUCUCCAACAAAACAGCCGACCUCCCCUCUGCCGUUGAGUUCGAAGCCUCCCGAACAUCGCCUUGGGCGGCACGUGCGAAGCAGCUGAAGCAACAGAAGCUCGUGAGCCAGGACACUGCCGAAGAGCUCGCGCGACUCAAGCAACGCAGCGACACCCAGCUGCGCGAUCUGGCCGAGAAGAACAAAGAAGCCGAAGAGCUGAGGAUACGAGUCGAGCUACUUGAGUCCAGACAGCGCGAGGCCAAGGCUAAGGAUGGGGAAGUCGCCACUCUCCGGUCCGAGAUGGAGCGCGUGAUGACGGAGAAGGCUGCCCUAGAGCAACAGGUCGAUUCGACGCGCAUGGAAUUGCAAACCGUCAAAGACCGACAGGCGAAAGAAAGAGAAGAGCUCGAGGCGCUCAAAGCUGCGUCACUACUUGCAGAAGGGGGCAACACCGCCGCCGGUGCUGCUACGCAACUUGCGAGCAUGGACAUGGAAGGUGGUGGAGGUGCCUGGCGCGUCGAAGCCGAUAUGCUUAAGACGGAGGUGCUCAGUUUACAAGCCGCGGUGCGCUAUCUCAGGGCAGAGAAUCACAGUCUGAGGGUGCCAGUCAGCCAAGUCGCGCUGGCGGCAGAGAACAAUGCUUGGCUGGUGGGUCAUCCCCGGGAUGCAAUCAAGGCGACAGCCGAAAGGCAACAGAGGAAGAUGCCGACACAACAAGCUAAGGCGCAGCGCGAUGCGAAGCAUGUGCUGGAAGGCCUGAUCGAUCUCUCGGGUAACAUGAGGGGCGUGCGACUGAAAGUGCGGAGUCCAGAUCAAGGCGAUGGUAGGCGUUAUGGGAGCAAUCGUAAUAGCUGUCAGCUACUCGUCGCUCAACAGCGGGAAGUGCUGGAGAGGUGGAUGGCGGAUGUGGCAGACGUGAAACACCGGGCACGGCUGGAGCUGAGCGGUGCUGCUGUACGGCUGCGAGGAAUAUCAAGGCGGGAAGUGAAGACUGCAUAUGCGCUGCCGCCGCUGCCGGAAGGAAAGUCUGGUGCUGGCGUUGGGGACGAGCCAUUGGGGAAGAAGGUCAGGAUCGUUGGUGUCGACGGAUAA